GAGAGGACAGAGUGGGUGGAAGGUCGGCAGCUCAGCGGCUGAUAGCCUGAGGAUAAGAGGCCAAGCCGGCGGGCGCCCACUGUGCACGGUGUUUGCGGCGAGCAACGGAGCAGGACCCAUGUCGUUGUUCAGCAGUGUGCAGAUGUGGUGAAGAUAUUUUGAAGGAAAAGUUCUUUACUUGGGUCGACAUCCUUGUGCCUGCAUAAUGUUCUGCAGAAGCGCUAAUUUUGUCAUCUGCGUUUUCUUAGCAGUAGGCACAGCUACUGAAUUCAGCGCCGCUGAUCCCGUUACAGGAUCCGAUGGCGAUGUCACUGUCUACCGUUUAAGAACUGACAGCCCGGGGGAAACGCUGCAAGAUGAUCAUGCGGCAAGAAUGGCAGCAAAUAUUGGAGAAUUAAUAAUGCCACAUGACCAUGAGCGACAAUUUCUUCAGACUACAGAGCAGUACAAUUUUGAGAGAAAAGCUGUUGCGGUACCUUACUAUGCUUACCAAGCAAUGCCUCACGAUGAUCGCUGUAUAGAAAAUAAUGGUAACUGCUCACAGAAAUGUGAAACCGUGGAAUAUGAAACAGUUUGCUCUUGUAAUGAAGGAUACACUCUCACAAGCCCCACUAUCUGCACUGAGAUUCCAGGAUGUGACUUUGUUUUGUCAGGAACUUCAGGAGAGUUUACUAUCCGUAACAGUUAUUGUCGGUGGCUGAUAAAAGCACCAAAGGGUCAUAUUGUAGAAAUCACAUUGCACGAAACGAGUAAUCAUCAUGAACGGUAUCGCCUUAAUUACGAUACGGAUUUUGGAUAUCUAUAUGACGGAGACACUACCGAAGCAAGUGUUAUUAAGCGUCUCUAUCCGAGUACGGAAGAAACUGUACUCAGAAGCUCUGGUCAAAACUUACUCAUUACAAGUGGACAAAGUUGGAAUUCAUAUUCCUUCAGACAACGUGUUUCAUAUACGACAGGUUUCAAAUAUUUAGAAAUUGAAGCUGGUGAGAAUGAUGGCCAUCUAACACUUCCUGUUUCUUCAUUACCUGUCGGUGAAGAUUGUUUGUCUCUGACAUACAGUAUACAACAUGGUUCCCUGAUGGUGAGCCUCAGUGACCAAUUAAUUAAUCCACAGUUUACCUUCAAGCACCCUGACGGGAAGUGGCAAAGAGACAUUUUCCGGAUUCCGUAUGACCAAGGAAAUCAUGAAGUAAAAUUCAAGUUCUUCGGAAAAGGUACUAAGGUUUACAACCUUGGAAGGUGUCUUAACCUUGAACGCGUUGCAGUUGGUGCCCAAGGACCUCUAGGUGAGUAG